AGCAGCAGUAAAACAGUUUCCUGUGUGGCUACAUCCAGAGCACUCUUACUCUUGAAUUCUGCUCUCACCUGACUCUGACAGAGUCUCUCAUACAACAGGCAAAGGCAUUAUUAGCCUGUGUAUUUCUUUUCUUGGCUUAUUUUCUGGGCUCUUGAUGAUCAAAAUUCUUAAGUUCAAACUGCUGUGAUAAAAGAUAAGAUUGCUUCUUCCGAGGAUAUAUACACAUACUCUGCAAAAGUUCAGACGCUGUCUUCUAAAAAUCAGCCCCCCAGGAUCCUCUGUCCAGGGGAUUGUCCCAGCAAGAAGACUGUAGUGGGUUGCCAUUUCAUCCUCCAAAGGCUCUUCCUGACCCACGGAUUGGACCUGCUUCUCCUGCAUUGGCAGGUGGAUUCUUUACCGCGGAGCCACUUGAGAAGUCCUACCAACUCAUUAAUAAUGAGUGAAGAAGUUGUAACUUACUCCGAUUUGCUAUUUCAACCAUCAUCUCAUCCACAGAGGAGCCAAAGACUUGAAACUACCAAGAAAAAAGAUCACCCUACUCAACUUUCUUCAUGGAAAUAUGUUGCUGUGUUUCUGUGGAUCAUUUGCCUGGGGCUUCUUCUGUCUGUUGGAUACUUGGUCAUUGAGUUGAAUAAGAAGCCAUUUCAACCAGAAGGAUGUCCAGGAAAUAGCUCCUCCAACAAGGAAGCAAAUAAAACAGUAGUUUGGAAAUACCCUACUUGUUCAAACAACUGGCAUCAGUAUGGAGAAAACUGCUACUAUUUUUCAAGAAACAUUAUUCCUUGGAAGGAAUGUCACCAUUUUUGCACUGAUUUCCAUUCCGGAUUUCUUAAGUUGAAUACUGAAGAAGAGAUGAAUUUUAUAACAAAAUUGUCAAAAAUGCAAUGUGGUUUGCAAGAAGAAAAGUUUCCAAUUAGCUUACACUACAGCACUAAGCAACUGAACUGGGUUUGGCUAGAUGAUACAAAACUUACCCUGGACAAGCUUCAACUUCCAGGACACGAGAAUGCUAAUAAUAAAUGUGCACACAUAAAAUAUGGUCAGAUAAUUGCUGAAGAUUGCCAUAGUAGUGGUUAUUGUAUCUGUAAGAAGACAAUAUAUUCAGAUUAGAUAAAGUGCCUGAGAUUUUCCAGUGAGAUGACUUCAACUAUGUAAAAAUGUGUUUAGCUAAAAAUAGAUGUCUUAAACAUUGAAGUUUAUAUGUUAUUCUUUAACUUUAAGCCAUAAUUUGUAACAGGAUUAAUACAAUAAACAGUAUUUUAGUAA